UGUCAAUUUACCUAGCGGCUCGGUUCAAUUCAAUCAUAGAACAAUGGAUUUGAGCUUAAACAUUAGCCAGUUCCUUGCCAAUUCCGGUUCUGAUGAGAAUCGUGCAAGCGCCAUUGUUGAAAGGUUUGCAAAUCAGAUUCAUAGCAGAGACAUCAAGUUGAUCGAUCUCAUCAAGGCCCUUGGUGACUAUCUCACGGCAGAAGAUGAUCUUCUUAGACCUAAGGCUACACAGUGUCUCUCUGGGACGUUGAACUCUUUGAAGAAAGAUAUCUUAACCCCCAAUGAUAUCUCUGUUCUGACUGGUUUCUACGUAUCGAAGUUGGAAGACGGUCAAUGUACCAAGGAAACUCUAUACGGCAUGUCUUCUCUUGUGGACAUGGAUAGCUUUGGUCCUAGUAACUUGGAUAAGGUCCUCAAGGGGUUAAUGGAGCAAUAUGACUCUACCAAGAACUUGGCUUCUACUAGGUACUACGGGUUGCUGACUCUUCAAAGGAUCUUUACAAAGUUUGUCAAUUAUCUCAUACAGAUGAAGAAGGAUAAGUUGUUCAUUGAAUGUUUCCUUCAUGUUGCCAGUGGUGAAAAGGACCCAAGAAACCUACUUCUGUCAUUCGCUCUGAAUAAAGAUAUUUCAUCCAGCUUAAACUUGGAAUCGUUUGAAGAUGAACUCUUUGACAUUCUGUUUUGCUAUUUCCCAAUCUCAUUCAAACCACCAAAGGAAGAUCCUUACAAGAUUACUCAGGAUCAGCUCAAGGGAAGUCUGAGAUCUGCUAUUGCAUCGAGCUCGGCAUUUGAUAAAGAUUCAUAUCCGAACUUGUUGGAGAAAUUAUCCUCAACGUCACCCUCUGUCAAACGUGACACUGCUGAAACCAUCAACGCAUGUAUUGCUAACUAUGGUCAGAAGUCUUUGAUUGAACAUUGGCUCGAGAUUUGGAACGCAUACAAGUUUGAAGUAGUCCAUGGUGAACCUGAUGAUGAAGAAAUUGGUGUCUAUCAAUCACUAUUAAACACAUUCACAGAGAUUUCCAAGGUUCUAACUUCAAACGAAGUUGAAUUUGAUCAAUUUGCAUCGACCCUUUUGAAAGAUUUGAAAGAAAGCUUUCAGAAUACUAAAACUCUAAAGCAAACAUGUCUUAUCUUUGGUGCGAUUGCUAAGGCCAAUAACAUUGCAUAUAACAAGGCUGUCAAACUCGUUCUAGCACAGCUUUUGGUGAAAACAGAUGGGUUAAAUGUGCGUGAAGAAAGAGAAUUAAUCCAAAACUUGGGAGUCUUUACGUCUGCCUACAAAGACGUCUAUGGAACCACAUCAUCACCAAAACUACAAGAUUAUAAUAACGGCUUGAAGGACUUCAAGGAUCAAAUCUUGAUUCUGUUAGGGAAAUCGCUUAUGGGGUCAUCUCAAGUAGAGGUCAGUUUAAGAACAUUGGCCAUUACAGAACUGACCAAUUUAACAACUUUGUCCGAUUUCCUGUCAAACUCCGAGUUGAGUUUGAUAGCUCAAUACUUUACAGAGACUGUCUUGAUGGAUGAUAAUGAGUAUGUCUUCAACUCUGCAAUUGGUGGUCUGGCUCAAAUUGCUCAACUUGAUUCAAGUGUUCUGGUUGAAGUGACUCUCCCAACUUUGAUCUCCCUGUUACCUGACGCUGAUGAACCCGUGCGUAUAAAUGGACAGGAUAAACCGAAGGAGAAAAUAUUUGAUGUUAUCGUCAGUAUCAGUACAGGUGGUGCAUUAGUCAACUUCAUGGUUAUCAGAUUACUGAACAAGCUUGAACAGCUUCAAACCACUCUUGCAGAUCCCGUGCCAUACUCCUUUUUGAUUCUCUCGUCACUGCAGAAGAUCAUUACUACGAGUGAAUCUUCAACUCAAUUUUCAACAGAUACUCUCUUUCCAAGUUUGGUCAAACUCAUCCACCUUUUAUUGAAGUUUCCAUCGCUAAACCAAGAUGAUGCCAUCUUGGAAUCAGCAACUGAAAUCUUGAAAUUGAUUGUUGUUUUUUCCUCGAAAUCAUUUCACCAGCAAUUGUCUGACGAUACAUUAUCAUUCUUCACUGGUCUGCCUGUUGCUAAUGAUGACUACUAUAAAGACCUCGAGCCAAUUAAUGUCUUUGCCGAGCCAACACCUCUCAUCAACAUUCUUUCCAAAGUCCUUGCUGGUGUCAACAAAUCUGUCUCUAUUAACAACGUUGAUUCAUUGAUCAAUAAACUUGUUGAAUUCAUCAAAACAUCCUCAUUCCAGGAUGGGUACGUGAGAAUUAGUUAUUUGAGAUUUUUGAGCUUGAUUAUCAACAAGUGGAACUGUGAAGUAUCAAAGUAUGAAAACAUAACCUUCGACUCUGUUCUUUCUUUGGAGAUAUAUACAUGGAUCACAAAGGGUGUUCUUUUGAGAAUCGAUCCAAAGAGUGAAACUUUCAUUGAUGUAUUGGUUGGUGCUCUUUCUGAUACUUCAUUGGGUGCUAUGGCUGCAAACUCUUUUGAAGUUCUAGUAGUUGAUCUGUCGAUUUUCGAAAAGUUCAAGAAGAUCUUAAACAACAACGUUAGACUGUUGUACAAGCAAAAAUUCUUUGACCUUGUGGUACCUAAGCUUGUGGAGGGAUUCAAUGGUAAUGAUGAUAUGAAGAUCAAGUCCAAUUAUCUUUCUGCACUUUCUCAUAUAUUGAAGCACACUAAGAGAGAAAUUAUCAACCCACAUUUACCAUCAUUCUUCCCUCUUUUGCUACAGUCUUUGAACUUGAUGGACUCUGAAGUCCGUUUGGCUUCAUUGAAUACGAUUCUUUCCUCUGUUGGAGAAGUCUCUGAUUUGAUUACAAGUCAUAUUUCUUCUUUGAUUCCUAAACUUCUCGCACUAGCUCAAAGUGAUAGAGAUCAUCUUAACACAGAACCAGUUCGUCUGGCUGCGGUGAAUUGUUUGCACAGCUUUGCUAUGGCAUUACCGCUUCAGAAGGUUGUUCCAUAUCAAAAAGAAGUUAUAAGAGAAUUGACACCAGUUUUGGAUGAUAAGAAAAGAAGUGUCAGAAAAGGUGCAAUUGACGCUAGACAAGCAUACUAUGAACUGGGAAGAACAGUGGAAUAAACGUUGUUGAUACAUAGGAUGAACUAUAUAUAAAAACUGUGCAUUAAUUAAUUGAUAUACGGCAAUAUUAG